AAUUAAAACCGUCAUUAACGAUCAAAAAUGGGGUGAUAAUGCCGGAUCAGUACAGUCAAUCGGAGGAGGAGGCCCGGGCCGAAUUCCUAACGACCUUUUGCGAUGUGGCGGCCUUCCAGGGCCGCGUGGCCUAUUGCCUGAUGUCCGUUUACGCGGUCAACCCUUACGUCUUCGAAUACUUUACAGACAUCAACUUCUACCCUUAUUUCUUCUGGAACAUGGUGUACGGGAUUACGUUCAUGAUCGUGUCCAGGCCCAGUAUGCGACCCCUGAUGCCUAUUCAUAGGGCCACCUUUAGCCUUCUCGGUUCGCUCUCUUUCAACUACUCGAGCCUGAUGUGGUACGAUUGGUUGAACGUGCAUUUGGGCGAGCGUACGAUUCUGCGCACCCUGGCGGCCUAUUUUAGCGGUAGGGUGUUCAUGGUGCACCUUAUCGCUUUUAUGUACCACGUGGACACCAGGUGUACCGCGGUAGACCAGAGACCGAGGAGGGAAAGCGUUUUUGAGGCGAUGUACUUGUGAUGGCAUUAAAACCACCGUUGAACAAAAAAAA